AUGGCCAACUUUGACCAGCUGUGUAAGGCUCGGAUAGUCGAGCGAAUCUCCAAGUGGGGCGAGCCAUCAUAUGAACUCGUGCGAUGCAAAGCACGUGCCCACACCGAUAAGGAUGACCCCAAGGUGAAGAUUAUCGAGAUGGAACACAACCAUCCACUGAAGAUGGACCGCCGGAAAAGUGGAGCCCUGAGACAGCUACUGGAGCAACGCAAGCAGGAAAACCGAGCGACGGGUGGACAACUAAGCAUAUCGCCCGUCCCACGACCAGUAAGGACGAUUACUACGAAGCUAUUCCGUGUUCAACAGAGCAAACCGAUUAUUGUCGCUACCGUCGAGGGGUUCGCCUUUCCGUUACAAUCAGAAGAGGAAGUGGACCGUUUGGAGUAUUCCGCUCGAAGAGAUCAGCUCAUUCGUGAUCAAUAUGUAGCGUUGUUGCAGGAAGUGAAACCUCACCAUCAGGAUCCAUCUAAUGUUUUUGCAGACCUGUUUUCCGACGAGGCACUUCUCGGGUACAACUAUUACGGGAAAACGAACCGAGCGAAGAAGAAGAAAGCCAUGCGGAAGUAUAUCAUAUUUACCGAUUGUAUGGUUGCGUGCAAGUGUCAUACAUCUAAACCGAAGAAGCAAACUGAGCAAUGGUUCACUGUCGAUGCGUUCCAGUACGUAGAGAAUCGCAAGGGUAAUCUCAAUCUUUUCUACCAAGGAUACGAGUAUUUACGGAGACGUGUUGCCGACCAAGCAACCAUGUGGGAAUGUAACAAGAAGAGAACCUGCGGGGCACGAGCCGUAACCCGAAACGGCAAUCAAAUCAAGCUUAACAAGUUUCAACACAAUCAUCCGCAUUCGCGGCUGGCACGUGGUCCGGUUAUUGUACCCGCCGUUAAUCCGGUGCCGAUCAUGUACAAGGACGAGCCUCUGGAUUUGAAUGCUCUUGACGAGGCGAUUUCGUAG